AUGGCUACAGCGGCUCUUCUGAACUCAGCACCAUCUUACCGCUCCUUCCCUUCAAGCACAGCAGCCGCUUUCUCGUGGUCAAACGCCGCCAACAUGCACGUCACGAGGCCAAAAUCUGCCAAAGGACGCACAAGACCACGCUUCAAUUGUUCCCAGAGCAUGGAAGCCUGUCCUUGCCGAGUGCCACCUUCCCUGCCACCAGCAGCUCCCCACCAAACAGUGAAGAGCCGGAGAGGAUUGUUCACAAAACAGGCAUUCCCAUCCGGCCACGUGUCUCCCGGGGAAAUCCCAGAGCUCCUGCAGCAAGUGCCUUUGAGGACCUCCUCUUCCCUGAACAGGUACAGGGUGCUCCCCUCCAUUGGCCAGAAAAGUGUCAGGAGCGGUGCUGUGGAAGCGGUGGCUGAACAGACCGACCAGCUGAAAGUGAGUGGUGGGCAGGAGGACGCUCCGAAAACCAAAACUCUUUCUGGAGAACAAGGAUCUGCCAGCGUGUUGUCAGAAAUCGAUAUCCCCGAUGAGGAAGGCUCACAUGUGCAAUGUUCUCCUGAGAAACCGGGCAGGAAAAUGAGACAAGAGAGCCCUUGGAUGUCAACUCUAAGUUUGGAAGAGCCACUGAAAGAAGAGUCGCAAUUGCUGCUCGCUGUUCGAUCUCCCUCUGGUCGGAGAUUUGAACAUCAUUUCAAGCCCACUGACACUCUCCAGCUGGUCCUUGCCGUGGCGGAACAGAAAAUGUCGGCCACGUACAAACACUGCAGCGUUGAAACGACGGAGGUGCCCAGAAGGAGUUUCUCCGACCUUACAAGAUCCCUCCACGAAUGUGGGAUUCUCCACAAGUCUGUGCUGUGCAUCCGACAGAAGGAGCAGCACGAUGCAGAUCUUUAG